UAUUCACAAUUGGAUUUUGAUCUUGUGUUUCUAGAGAACGAACGCCAUGUAAAAGCAAACGCUCGAGAAUACAACGACAAGUUCCGCUAUGCUGACAAUCGCAUCAAAACAUCUAAGUACAACAUCUUUACCUUCCUGCCUGUCAACUUGUUUGAGCAGUUCCAGAGGGUGGCAAACGCUUACUUUGUAGUUCUAUUGAUACUGCAGUUAAUUCCAGAAAUCUCCUCCCUGUCUUGGUUCACAACCAUCGUGCCUUUGGUUUUGGUGCUGGCAAUUACAGCCAUCAAAGAUGCUACUGAUGAUUUUUUUAGACACAAGAGCGACCAGCAAGUCAAUAACCGACAGUCUCAGGUUCUCAUCAGGGGAAGUUUACAGAGUGAGAAAUGGAUGAAUGUUCGAGUCGGUGACAUCGUCAAGCUGGAGAAUAAUCAGUUUGUUGCUGCAGACAUCCUUCUGUUGUGUAGCAGUGAGCCUUAUGGUCUGUGUUACAUUGAAACCGCAGAGCUGGAUGGCGAGACAAAUCUUAAAGUCCGCCAGGCUUUGAGUGUCACCUCAGAUCUGGGAGAUGUUUCAAAACUGAUGGACUUUGAUGGAGAAGUCAUCUGUGAGCCACCAAACAACAAGCUGGAUAAGUUUACUGGGACUUUAUUAUGGAAAGACAGUAAAUACUCUCUGGAUAAUGAAAAAAUGCUCCUGCGAGGCUGUGUUCUCAGAAACACCGAAUGGUGCUUUGGAAUGGUCAUCUUUGCUGGGCUGCAAACCAAACUGAUGCAGAACUGUGGAAAAACUAAAUUUAAGAGGACCAGCAUUGACAAGCUAAUGAACACUCUGGUUUUAUGGAUGAGAGAGACUGUGGCAAGCCAUUUUAACUUUUAUUAGGCAGAUUGGUUAUGUAUUUCAGAUAUCCAUAAUUAUAUUGUUCCUGGCAGAAAUUAACAUUCCAGAUAUCCACAAUAGCAUUCCUACUAUCCUGAAUGAAAAUUUUCAGGUAUCUGAAAUGUCACAUUUCCUGUUCAUGAGUAUUGGGUUCAUAGCACCUCCUAUCCGUAAAUACAUUCCUCCCGUCAAGAAUGAACAUUGUGGAUAGGAGGCGCUAAAAACCCAAUACCCAUGAAUGGUAAAUGUGGCAUUUCAGAUAUCUGAAAUGUUCAUUCUGAAUAGAAUGUUCUCAUGGAUAUCUGGAAUGUUAUUUUCUACCAGGAACAAUAGAGUUACAGAUAUCUGGAUUACAUAUCCAGUCUGCUUAAUUAAUGGUAAAACAGCCACCUUAAUUUUAUAAGAAUUUGAAGAUAUCUCAAUCUUAAU